UCUGAUCCUGCUUUCUGUCAAACAGAAAAACUUAAGAUAAUGGAGAGAUAUACAGAAUUAAACAGAUUCAUAUACGAAAAUCCUCGGCAUAUUUUGACUUGGUUUGAGAUAAUUGAUAUUCAGGCCUCGGUCGUACCGUUCUCUUCAAUAACAACACCAAUAAUCCAUAUUAAUCAAUUAAAAUUCCCGGUUCUAUGUAAGCAACUUGAAGUCACUGAAAAGGCUCUAUCGAAAAAUCUUAGUUGCCUACCUUUAAAGUUUCUUCGACUUCACCUUGCUGAACUUGCUGCCACUCUAAAUACUGAUGGAAAACCCGAUACUUCUGCAAAGCUGCCAGUUUUAUCUUCUCCCCUCCCUUCCUCGCUUAUGCAAUCUGAUAACCUCCUUAGUAACUGGGCCCAACUUGCAUUCACGCAUCCUCAGGUUGUCGGAGUUUGGCGAGGUUAUUUGGCAUACCUGCGCCGACGCAUCUGGCCAAAUUCUAGUCUUGAUCUAAGCUCCAGUCUGUUUUAUCGAGUUGACGCUGCGUACAAACGUGCGAUUGGAACGUUGUCUGGCAUUCUUUCAGGUCGACUUUUGUCCCACAAGCCUGAAGAAGACACUGCAGAACAAUCACUUGGUAUGCUCUUUAAUUGUCGUUAA